UUCCAACCGACUCUUCCUCUUCGUUCGCUUCUGAUUCGCUUCUUCCAUUCUCCUCCGACGAUCAAAAAACCGAAUUCCCCAUGAUAAUUUUACAAUAAAGAAGAUGAAGCCCUUACUCCGUAUAAUCUCUUAAUUUCUAUCAAUUUUCUUUGAUAAUUAUUGUGGUAGAUGCUCAAAUGGCGUCUUCGUCGUUGUUCAACGGUGAGCGGGCGGUGGUCCUCGUAUUCAUCUCCCGCGUUCUUUUCUCUCUCCCCUUCUCUCUUCUCCUUCACGGCCUCUCUCUCUCCCUCCUCGCCCUCUCCGCAUUCGUCGUCGAGAUCCGUGCCGAGACUUCCGCUUCUCUUUCUAUUUUCAAGACCAGGCCUGGUGCUUCAUCAGGAAUACUGCUUGGAGCAGUAACGCUUCCCGUGGUUAUGCUCUCAAAGUUGAUACAGCUGUCACGAGCAUUCGCAUUGCAUGAAGUCGCACUUGAAGAGCUUGAAUACUCGACUGUGCAAUACUGGGCUACAUCUGCCAGCAGCUUGAGUGUGCUCGUAUUCCUCUACAUAAUUAUGUUGCAUGCCCCUGACAGUACGCAACACCCUGGCUCGCAUAGUAGUUUGGAUGAUAAAUUUACUUUAUGUGGUAUGCUCGUAUAUGUUGUGGCAUGCGGUGUCUCUCUUCUUACAACAUCUCAUACCGGAUUUAUCAUGAUAUUGAAUCUGCUGUGGGUGCUCUGUCAUGGAUUGGCAGCAGUGAAACUGAUCCGGCAUUUUCUAAAUACUUUUCCGUCUUGUGCCUCCAUUGGGGAAGCACUUUUGGUGACUACAGGCCUUGUUCUUUAUUUUGGUGACAUGUUGGCAUGUACAAUCGUGAAGGCGAUUGGAUACAUAAGUUCAUCUGAGUUGGGUUUUGCUCAAUAUGGAAUCAAAAGAAGUGAAAUUACUACAGUUAUUCAGGGGGUGAUACUAGGCCUUCUUCUUUUUCCAGUGAUCUUUAAGUUUGUUGUUCAAGUAUGGGAAUGCUCAAGUAGGGGUUACUCUGAAGCAAGGACAUACAACGAGAUAGGCCGAUCUUUUAUAUUCUUUUCAUUCCUUGGAGUUGUCUUGGUUGUGAUCAUCCCAUCAUGGAUGCAGUUCGUUAAUGUUUUUAAUUUACAUCCAUUGUUGUGGGUAAUCUCAUUUGUCUUUUCAGAACCACUUAAAAGACUAUCUUUAUGUAUCUACUGGGUGUGUGUGAUAUAUGUGUCUGUUCUGCGGUUCUACAACAUUUCAAAGAAUAGUAAGAUUGAAAGAAUUCUCCUUCGAAAAUACUAUCAUCUGAUGGCUGUUUUGAUGUUUCUGCCUGCUCUUAUCUUCCAGCCAAAGUUUCUGGAUCUAGCAUUUGGUGCAGCUUUGGCAGUUUUCUUGGCAUUAGAAAUUAUACGAGUAUGGAGAAUAUGGCCUUUGGGACAACCUAUACAUCAAUUUAUGAAUGCUUUUACAGACCAUCGUGAUUCUGAUCUUCUUAUUGUUAGCCAUUUCUCGCUCUUGCUUGGUUGCGCGCUUCCUAUUUGGAUGUCUUCUGGGUACAAUGAUCGACCACUCACCCCUUUUGCUGGAAUUUUGAGUCUUGGAAUUGGAGAUACAAUGGCAUCAAUGGUUGGCCACAAGUACGGUGUUCUCAGGUGGAGCAAAACUGGCAAGAAAACCAUUGAAGGGACUGCAGCGGGUAUAACGUCUGUCCUGGCUGCUUGUUCAGUUCUGCUUCCACUUCUAGCAUCCACUGGAUAUAUUCUUAGCCAGCAUUGGUUCUCUCUUAUACUAGCUGUGACCGUGAGCGGCAUGUUGGAAGCCUACACAGCACAACUUGACAAUGCUUUCAUACCACUGGUUUUCUAUAGCCUUCUGUGUCUGUAAGUGCACACCUCCAAUCUGCCCAAGGUAUAUGUACAUAAAUUGGCUCCGAUGAAUAUUGCCUAAAAAUUUCCAUUAUUUUUGUCAUGUGCUUUCUCUAAGCACCUUUUUUUUUCCCAUUUUUUUAUGUUGAUAUAGUUGAUCCAUCAUUAGAGGUUACAGCAAACAUCUAUGGAUAUCUUCAUAGGGUGGAUUUUUUGGAUUAGAUUUAUUUUUAGCCAAGUUUCCAGACGGUAAUGGUAGGUUUCUUAAGCAAUUUAUAUGAAGAGGUGAGCAUUGCAUGCUCAUUAACAGAGGAUAAAAGGGUAAUACUUCUCUCAGUGAAAAGAAGUAUUUUUUCACCAUUUUUUUAGGGAGAAUAUCACAUUGUAGAGACAAGGAGUUGAGAAUUAUUGGAAUUCUUUCAGAACAACUACUUUUGUAAUUAAAAUUUUGUAUUUGACA